UCAGCGACGCUACUGUGUGUAGAGGCGUGUUGAUGGUGGCAGCGGCGCGGGGCGAGGCGUGGCAGCAAGUGCUGACGUGGGACGCAGGUGCAUGGGCAGGACACGCGUACACCUUUUUGCUGCUCAUGCCCGGGCAGGGCGUCGACGACGACGAUACCCGCGAGCUCUCCUCUAUCCUUCUGCAUCGUGACCUCAGGUUCGGGGUGCAGGUGGUGGGCGUCGCCAGGAAGAGAGACGGUGAGUGGUCUGUGUACACGACCAGACUCUUCUACGGAGACUCCAGACAAUCCUUAGAGCUCCUGGAUACCUGGGUACCCUCUACUGGCUUCAGGCAGGAGUCGAACUUCUUCCUCAGCGACAGGAUGAACAACUUACGAGGGUACACAUUCUCGGUGGCAGCUCUCCCAUACUCUCCCUUCAUCAUCGACGCUCACACAUCACUCUCUGGACCCGGCAAGUACCGGGGGCUCGAAGUCUUUUUGCUGGAUGUGUUGGCAGAGUCCAUGAACUUCACCUACCGCUUCGUGGCUCCUGAUGAUCACCAGUGGGGUCGGCAGGACAAGAACGGUGUCUGGACUGGUAUGAUUGGUAUGGUGAUACACGAGGAAGCUGACUGGGCCGUCAGCGAUAUUACUUUCUCUCCCCUGCGAGAAGCCUUCGUGGACUUCUGUCAGCCCUUCGUCUAUGACGCCUCCGAGCUGGUCACCCCGAGGGCCAAGCCCCUACCUAGGUGGUUCAGCCCGGUCAGGCCGUUCACGUGGCAGGUGUGGCUGGGUUUGAGUGUUGCUGUGAUGGUAGCAGCGCCCUUCCUGUGUCUUGUGUCUCGUCUCUCGCACACCACUGUCCACCCUCACCCAGCUGUCUGGUUCCAGAAACUCAACAACGCUGCCAUGUUUGUCAUCGAGCCUGUCUUCCAGCGCGGGACGAAGCGAGGCAUUAACAUCGUACCAGGGAGGAUGUUCUCAGGGUUCUGGCUGCUCUUCACUAUGAUCCUGUGCAUCUCGUACUCCUCCUCUCUCACCUCGUUCCUCAUAACACCAGCGAUGCAGCCACCCAUUCAGAACCUUCGUCAGCUCGUCACCUCCCAUAUUGGAUGGGCCAAGGUAUUCUUCGGCGGGGUGCAAAACGACUUACUGGAGCAGACGAAGGAUCCGGUACUGAUCGCCUUGCGUGAAGGAGUACAGUGGCGGGACUCCCUGGAAGAUAUCCUGCAGGAGGUGGUGAAGGGCAGGCUGGCCACCUGGGACAACAGCAUCACCACCAGGCUCCUCAUUGCGCUCAAGUACUCAGAUUCAAAAGGUCAGCCACUCGUCCAUUUGCCAGGGUUCGAACUCCUGCAGGAGAGAAUAGCUUGGCCGAUGCAGAAACACGCCUCUUACAAACCAAGGUUUGACGAACUCAUCAGCCGGGUGGUGGAGGGCGGGCUGGUGCAGAAGUGGCUGGAGGAUUUAAUCUUUGAGGAACAGACUCUUAAGCGUAUGGAGAGAGAAGAGGACACAGGUGAGGCUGAGGAACGAGGUCAUGAGAGCGGGGAAGGGCAGGUUGUGCUGACACUGGAACACUUCCAGGGUCCCUUCUGCGUCCUCCUGCUGGGGUGUCUGGCUGGUGGCAUCGUCCUCCUCCUUGAGCUUCUAGUCAACGUCAUCCUCAACUCGAAGCGCCAGCAGUAAUGUCUCCUCCAGCUGUAUUACUCAGCCUCAGAAACAUUAUGAUACCAGUAUACAAUGGAAUGACUAUACCCGGACUCUGACACAGUAAUAGGUAUACACUCAUGAUUAAAAGUCCGAUGACUACUACCACCGUCCUCUUCCACAAUGAAAACUCUCUCAUACACCACUACAAUUCCCUAUUAACCAUUAUAAUUACUGCAACCAAAACUUUCUUUACAACUCCAACCUCUGAUAAUAUAACUAGAGUACACGCGACUACUCUACACUUCUUUUCCACGACUGUAUCCAGCUACUAGCAAGUUCCAUGAGGUCUUAA